GCAACUUCAGUCUCUGCCGGCGAGGAGAAAGAAAGGGGAAGAAAAAUGUCGAUUUCAGUCUCCCAGCAAAUCUCCCUCUUCUGUUCGCAAAUUCAAAAUCGAAGGUGAUUACGAAGUUUACGCAACUUAUUUCUUUACAAUUGUAUCAUAAUUCUCUCCGGUGGCAAUGAAACGCAAACAAAUUUCCUCUUGUUGAAGAUUCGGCGACAUGACUUUCUCAAUUCUGGAGGCGGCGCUGGCUUCCAAAGACGUGAAAUCGGCGGCGGAAAUCCGAUCAGCUCUGAAAGAGUUUUUGAGGCGUGAAACGCUUGCUAUUAUUCGAGAAACUUCUGAGAAAUCCUUUGAUCAUAAGCUGCUGAUCUUUGAUUUCUUCGUUCGUGCUUUUGCUCUCAUCGGUGACGUCGAGAAUUGGUUAGCCCUGAGGUACGAAGCAUUUUUAAUGCGAGAUGAAAAUGCUUCUUAUGAUGUGAGUCUUGGAGUUUCAGUCGACGAAUGGCUGGCGUUUGCUGAGCAGUCCCUUGAUAAUGGUUUCUAUUCAGUUGCAACGAAGGCAUGUGACAAGGCGCUAUUGUGCAUUCAUGGUAACAACUUGGUGGACAGUGAAUAUGAGGAUUUCCACCAUGAAUCUACUAUUGAGAAAAUCAAGAGGAUGAAGGACUACUCUAUGAUCUUAGCUUCUUCAAAAUCUGUUCAGGUUCAGGCCUCAAAUUACUUGAAAAAGAAAAAUGUGGAGCAGCCGAAGGAACAAAAUUCUGUCAAAAGCCAAACACGUACUUCAGGGAGCACUCUAUUCAGGAAUGGUAUAAAAGCACGCAAUCUGCGGAAGUUGCAGGAACUCCAAUGCUUACAAACAGUUCCUCUGUAAGGAAGUGCUGUAAGUUUAGAAAUUUUGAGGUACUAGAUUGCUUGCCAACAAUUGCCUUUUUCCUCCCCAUAUCCUGUAUAGAAUUUGUAUCUUGCUGCAUCUUCUUAAUUAUGAGAUAUUGGUUUCCUUUCCCAAAGAUGUCUAUCAGACAGACUUAAUUAACUGUAUGUAUUGUGUUCUGAAGAUAUGGUUUCUUGACCAGUGACAUAGAUCAUGAUACUUUGUGUUUCGAAUUUCGUAGGCUCUUCUAAUGAGGAGUUUUGUAAAUGAAUAUCAACUUAUAAUCCCUUCUGGCUAGCUAUAACUUUAAACUUAUGAAUCUAGG